AUGGCUGAUACCUCUCAGCCUAACUUUGGCAGCUCAUCAUCCGCUACCCCGGCUUCAAGCCCUGGAACCCCACCUGUUGCUCGUCCUUCAUACCAGGAGUUCGCACAGAAAGGCCAGGAACUGCAUAAUCUUCUCUUGGUUGCCACUGGGCCAGAUAAAGACUACGGCUACACAACCAAGCACGAUUCUUACUUCACAUCUGACGAACCCGCGGACCCGUUUUUGGGCGACCAUCUCAAAGUCGGUAAAAAUCUCAAAGUUCCCUUCAUGGCGAUGGGAUUGAGGAACAACAAUGAAUGGAUGCUCAGACAGAUCAUUGGCAAGGAUGUUGAUCUAGAUCAUCCAGGCAAUGUCGUCUAUCACAGCAAAGAACAACAGUCCAUGGUGAUCACGGACAUCUUUAAGGAUGGAUUGGGAGCACAAUUUGAAGGAGAGAACAAGAUCUUUCAUUCCGAGUUUGCUUUCCAUGGCUGGAAACAUUUCAGCGGAGACAACGUCGGAGACCUUCGAUAUGUUGUCAUUGCUCAGAUUCAGAACGAUGCCGCACGACAAACGAUCAAAGACGCCCGUGCCACAAUCAAAAACACUCCAAUGUCAGGCCCGCAAAUCACUUUUCGUGCUGCUGCUCAGGAUAAUGCGGAAUCGCAGGGUUUCUUUGCCUUGGCAGGCACCAAAGUCGGAAAGCUAGUCUUCCGAAUGCUUACCGAUCAUCACACUGAGAUGAAAGAGAGGAGGAUUGCAGCGGUUCAUACUUGGGAUUCCUGUGUUGAAUCACUCGAUCCGGUGUUGAUUUGGGAAUUGGAGUGA